UCCGGGAUCCGGAUGGGGGAUCGCCUCUGAGGGGCCGCACGCGCGUGUGCAAGCGGAUGUGAGGCGCAUCUCAAUUGGCGGGCGGGGGAAGCGGAUCAGGUUGUUACUACUGCAGAGCGCGCGAGCGAGGGAGCGGGAGGAGAGCCGCAGCGCUGGCCGGCGCGGGAGUGGGAAGAGGGGACCUGGACUUCGGGGCGGCAGCCUCCCUCUGCCUUCUUCGCCAGCCCACAUCGGUCGGCUCUCAGAACGUCCCUGGCUGUCCCCUCUGCCACCAUGAGAAACAUCUUCAAGAGGAACCAGGAGCCCGUGGUGGCUCCUGCCACCACCACUGCCACAAUGCCUGUCGCACCUGCUGACAACUCCACAGAGAGCACAGGCACUGGGGAGACCCAAGAAGACAUGUUCGCCAAGCUGAAGGACAAAUUCUUCAACGAGAUCAACAAGAUUCCCUUGCCACCCUGGGCUCUGAUCGCCAUGGCUGUGGUUGCUGGCCUCUUGCUGCUAACCUGCUGCUUCUGCAUCUGCAAGAAGUGCUGCUGCAAGAAGAAGAAGAACAAGAAGGAGAAGGGCAAAGGCAUGAAGAACGCCAUGAACAUGAAAGACAUGAAAGGGGGCCAGGAUGAUGACGAUGCAGAGACGGGCCUGACCGAAGGGGAAGGUGAAGGCGAGGAGGAGAAAGAGCCAGAGAACCUGGGCAAAUUGCAGUUUUCUCUGGACUAUGAUUUCCAGGCCAACCAGCUCACCGUGGGCGUCCUGCAGGCCGCUGAACUCCCUGCCCUGGACAUGGGCGGCACCUCAGACCCUUAUGUCAAAGUCUUCCUCCUCCCAGACAAGAAGAAGAAAUAUGAGACCAAGGUGCACCGGAAGACGCUGAACCCCGCCUUCAACGAGACCUUCACUUUCAAGGUGCCAUACCAGGAAUUAGGAGGCAAAACCCUGGUGAUGGCCAUCUAUGACUUUGACCGCUUCUCUAAGCAUGACAUUAUCGGGGAGGUGAAGGUGCCUAUGAACACCGUGGACCUUGGCCAGCCCAUUGAGGAAUGGAGAGACCUCCAAGGCGGGGAGAAGGAAGAGCCAGAGAAGCUAGGCGACAUCUGUACCUCCUUGCGCUAUGUGCCCACUGCUGGGAAGCUCACGGUCUGUAUCCUGGAAGCCAAGAACCUCAAGAAGAUGGAUGUGGGCGGCCUUUCAGACCCUUACGUGAAGAUCCACUUGAUGCAAAAUGGAAAGAGACUGAAGAAGAAGAAGACGACGGUGAAGAAGAAGACCCUUAACCCCUACUUCAACGAGUCCUUCAGCUUCGAGAUCCCCUUUGAGCAGAUCCAGAAAGUCCAGGUGGUUGUCACCGUGCUGGACUAUGACAAGCUGGGCAAGAACGAAGCCAUCGGCAAGAUCUUUGUGGGCAGCAACGCCACAGGCACGGAGCUGCGGCACUGGUCCGACAUGCUGGCCAACCCCCGGAGGCCCAUUGCCCAGUGGCAUUCUCUUAAACCUGAGGAGGAAGUGGAUGCCCUCUUAGGCAAGAACAAAUAGGCAACAGCAGCUGGGGGCGCAUGGCCCCCCCCGCCCGCCGAGGACACUGACAAGAUCCAGAGCUAUCAAUACCUCAGUUAUGCGACCUUAGAGGUUUCUUCAUUUGUUUGCGGUGUGUCC